CCUUGACUAGCUCCUAGUUCCUCACCUGCACAGCAGGACGAGCUUCAUCUCCACCUGGGAUGCAAAUAGUGAACUUGCUAGACACAUCAACCAUCCAUGGAGACUGGGGCUGGCUCACAUAUCCAGCUCAUGGGUGGGACUCCAUCAAUGAGGUGGACGAGUCCUUCCGGCCCAUCCACACGUACCAGGUGUGUAAUGUCAUGAGCCCCAACCAGAACAAUUGGCUGCGUACCAGCUGGGUGCCCCGGGAUGGUGCCCGGCGUGUCUACGCUGAGAUCAAGUUCACCCUCCGUGACUGCAACAGCAUGCCUGGUGUGCUGGGAACCUGCAAGGAGACCUUCAACCUCUAUUACCUGGAGUCGGACCGUGACCUGGGUGCCAGCACACAAGAGAGCCAGUUCCUCAAGAUUGACACAAUCGCGGCCGACGAGAGCUUCACCGGUGCAGACCUGGGUGUGCGGCGACUCAAGCUGAACACAGAGGUGCGUGGCGUGGGCCCGCUUAGCAAGCGAGGCUUCUACUUGGCUUUCCAGGACAUUGGUGCCUGCCUCGCAAUCCUCUCUCUCCGCAUCUACUACAAGAAGUGCCCAGCUAUGGUGCGCAACCUGGCGGCCUUCUCAGAGGCAGUGACUGGGGCCGACUCGUCCUCGCUGGUGGAGGUGAGAGGCCAGUGUGUGCGGCACUCAGAAGAGCGUGACACUCCCAAGAUGUACUGCAGCGCCGAGGGCGAGUGGCUGGUGCCCAUUGGCAAGUGCGUGUGCAGCGCUGGCUAUGAGGAACGGCGGGAUGCCUGUAUGGCCUGUGAGCUGGGCUUCUACAAGUCGGCCCCUGGGGACCAGCUGUGUGCCCGAUGCCCACCCCACAGCCAUUCUGCAACACCUGCUGCCCAGGCCUGCCGUUGUGAUCUCAGCUACUAUCGUGCAGCCCUGGACCCACCAUCUGCAGCCUGCACCCGCCCACCCUCGGCACCAGUGAACCUGAUCUCCAGCGUGAAUGGUACAUCUGUGACUCUGGAGUGGGCCCCUCCCCUGGACCCGGGUGGCCGCAGUGACAUCACCUACAAUGCUGUGUGCCGCCGCUGCCCCUGGGCCCUGAGCCACUGCGAGGCAUGUGGGAGCGGAACCCGCUUCGUGCCGCAGCAGACAAGCCUGGCACAGGCUAGCCUGCUGGUGGCCAACCUGCUGGCCCACAUGAACUACUCCUUCUGGAUUGAGGCCGUCAAUGGUGUGUCCAACCUGAGCCCGGAGCCCAGAAGUGCAGCUGUGGUCAACAUCACCACGAACCAGGCAGCUCCAUCCCAGGUGGUGGUGAUCCGGCAGGAGCGGGCAGGACAGACCAGCGUGUCACUGCUGUGGCAGGAGCCAGAGCAGCCCAACGGCAUCAUCCUAGAGUAUGAGAUCAAGUACUAUGAGAAGGACAAGGAGAUGCAGAGCUAUUCCACCCUCAAGGCCAUCACCACCCGAGCCACCGUGUCUGGCCUCAAACCAGGCACACGCUACGUGUUCCAGGUCCGAGCCCGCACCUCAGCAGGCUGUGGCCGCUUCAGCCAGGCCAUGGAGGUGGAGACCGGGAAACCCCGGCCCCGCUACGACACACGGACCAUUGUCUGGAUCUGCCUGACGCUCAUCACGGGCCUGGUGGUACUCCUCCUCCUGCUUAUCUGUAAGAAGAGGCACUGUGGCUACAGCAAGGCUUUCCAGGACUCAGAUGAGGAGAAGAUGCAUUACCAGAAUGGGCAGGCACCUCCACCUGUCUUCUUGCCCCUCAACCACCCCCCGGGGAAGUUUCCAGAACCCCAGUUCUAUGCAGAGCCUCACAACUAUGAGGAACCAGGUCGGGCAGGCCGCAGCUUCACCCGAGAGAUUGAGGUGUCCAGGAUCCACAUUGAGAAAAUCAUUGGCUCUGGGGAGUCUGGAGAAGUAUGCUACGGACGACUGCAGGUGCCGGGCCAGCGGGACAUGCCAGUAGCCAUCAAAGCCCUCAAAGCUGGCUACACAGAGCAACAGCGGCAGGAUUUUCUGAGCGAGGCAGCCAUCAUGGGCCAGUUCGAGCACCCCAACAUCAUCCACCUUGAGGGUGUUGUCACCCGAGGUCGCCUGGCAAUGAUCGUUACAGAGUACAUGGAGAACGGCUCUUUGGAUGCCUUUCUGAGGACCCACGACGGGCAGUUCACUAUCGUGCAGCUGGUGGGUAUGCUCAGAGGAGUGGGCGCUGGCAUGCGCUACCUCUCAGACCUGGGCUACAUACACCGUGACCUGGCUGCCCGCAAUGUCCUGGUGGACGGACGCCUGGUGUGCAAGGUUUCAGACUUUGGGCUCUCCCGGGCUUUAGAGGAUGACCCCGAAGCCGCCUACACCACUGCGGGAGGGAAGAUCCCCAUUCGCUGGACAGCGCCUGAGGCUAUUGCUUUCCGCACCUUCUCCUCCGCCAGUGAUGUGUGGAGCUUUGGAGUGGUCAUGUGGGAGGUGUUGGCCUAUGGGGAACGGCCCUACUGGAACAUGACCAACCAGGACGUCAUCAGCUCAGUGGAAGAGGGCUACAGACUGCCGGCUCCCAUGGGCUGCCCCCGAGCCCUGCACCAGCUAAUGCUGGACUGCUGGCACAAGGACCGGGCCCAGCGGCCUCGCUUCUCUCACGUAGUGAGUGUUCUGGAUGCACUGAUCCACAGUCCCGAGAGCCUCCGGGCCACAGCCACAGUUGGCAGGUGCCCACCCCCUGCCUUUGCCAGGAGCUGCUUUGACCUUCGAGGGGGCAGAGGUGGCAGUGGGGGCCUCACCGUGGGAGACUGGCUGGACUCCAUACGCAUGGGCCGAUACCGGGACCACUUUGCUGCUGGCGGGUACUCCUCCCUUGGCAUGGUGCUGCGCAUGAAUGCCCAGGAUGUGCGUGAACUUGGCAUCACCCUCAUGGGUCACCAAAAGAAGAUCCUGGGCAGCAUCCAGACCAUGAGGGCCCAGCUGAGCAGUACCCAGGGGCCCCGCCAGCACCUCUGACUCAUAGCUGCCUGGCCCUCAUGCUGACUGUCAGAGUCUCUGCUGGGCCACCCAGCAGUCUGGGUGGGGCUCUGUCACAGGACCUAGAAUUACAGGGGUCAGGUACCUGGGAAGGGGACCUUAGCGACUCAAGUGGCCCCCUGCCCUCCCAUGGCACAGAGAGAGCCUUGUGUCUUCCAGAGUCUGGGGACUCAACACUAGAAUCUCCAGUGACCUCUCCUCUCACCUGCUGCUGUGUAUACGAACAGGUGAUGGUAGGGGUGUGCUCUCCUAAGGUCUUGGACAUGAUGGGAACAAUGUGGAAUCACAUGUCUUUGUCCCCAUUUAGGCUCUAACACAGUUGUGUGUAGGUUGCAGUGGGUGUGCUUAUCCAUUAAGGUGGGAGCCACACCUAUGACCACAGAUACGGUGUCACCUAUGAGGAAGCAUGGCAGUAUGAGUAAGGAAUCCGAGUUGACACAGCCCAGUUCCCAGAACCCAUGGGGACCAGGCAGAGGCUCAUGUUCAUGCCCCUCCCUGAAUGCCUGAAGACUGGAGUCCAGGCUGCUUCAAACCACACCAGCACUAGGUCCAUUGCCCCACCUGGGUGAGCCCACCAUGGCUGUAUCUCAGGUCUGGGUCUCCCUCCUACUUGGGGCGGGGGGGGGGCACCUGCAGCCUCCACCAGGGUUCUCCUGCUGCUCAACAGGAAAACAGGGUUUCUGGUCAGUACCUCUGGCCACCUUUCACAGAGGCAUCAUGGCAGGAUGUGACUUGGCUGCCUGGCCAUCCUCUCCCAUGUCUAAUGCCCCUUCCUAACCUUGCACUGCCCAGCCCUCUGCCUCUGUCGAUGCUGGGAGCAGUAGCACAGCGCAGAGCCUCUGAGCCCCAGGCCUGCCCCUUCCUAUAUCACAUGGGGAGGCCCAUAGAGGGGUAUGCCUUGUCCAAGGUCACAUAACCAAAUUUCACAGUUGGGGCCCCUUUCCUCCUAGCCCAGAUCUCUUCUCCCCAUCUACUACUUGACACAGACAGCUAGGGCAGAAGAGGCCUGGGAAGCCCAUCUCCCACAAGCUGACCCCUCCCCCCACAACACAUACUUAACGGCCCACCAGGGUAUGUAAAUAUCUUUUUUCUACCAUGUCAGAAUAUUUUUUUCCUCACUCCUGACAAUGCAAAAAUGGUCUUCAAAGCACAUGCAAAGCACCCCGGGUGAGAAAACUAUCCUGGGGGAGUUAGGGCCCAAAGAGCCCCCACCCCAGGGGGAAGGGAAGUCCCCUCCCCUGCCCAACUCUACCCACAGCCAGCACAGCACCUCAAGAGACACCAGCACUGAGCCCUCUCCCUCCUGCAAUAAUUCAGGGGCCUCAGCCCUGCCUAGGUGCCACGGCCAGCUCUGGCGUCUCUAUAUAUUAUAAUACUAUGUAGCCAAGCUGCCCUCCCUUCCUAUGGAAGUGGGAAACAUGGUCAGGACACGAGCAGGGGGUGGGGAGACACCCUGUCUUCCACCCCACCCCACCCCACUCACCCAGUUUCUGGACUCGGGGUCUUCAGGCAAGGCCUCUGGUGUGGGCCUCUCUUGGGGGCUCCUGGGGCCUGCCUCUCUGUGGCCCCCAUCCUCAGUCUGGAAGUUAC